AAUUUAACGCGCACGGAGCUCAACCCAGGUGGGCGUGUCCGACCGCAACUAAAAGCUUCUUGUCCUUUCUCGCGCAACUGGAGACUAAUUGGAAAGUGAACAAUGGACAGAACUAUUUUGCUUUUAACUAUUUUUUGGACAGCAUUUGCAUUUAAUCUUGUAGAUGGCGACUCUGGUAACCCAGUGGUGUCUACACGCUUCGGUCUCUUAAUGGGCAGUGUGACCCGGGUGAAAGGAACUGAGCGACUAAUUCACCAGUACCUCGGAAUCCCAUUUGCCAAACCACCGCUUGGACCGUUGAGGUUCUCCGCUCCGCAGCCUCCCGAGCCGUGGACUGGAGUCCAAGAUGCGACUCAGCAGCCUGCCGUAUGUUUACAAAAUGUGGAUAUCAUGCUUAAGUUAAUAGAAGAUUUAAAAAUAACAUCCCCAAAGCCAGCUGUUUCUGAGGACUGCUUGUACUUAAAUAUCUACACCCCAGCGGAAGCAGGAAGGGAAUCAAGAUUACCUGUCAUGAUAUGGAUUCAUGGAGGAGGUUUCAUAUUUGGUGGGGCUGUUCAAUAUGACGGAUCAGCCCUUGCUGCCUAUGAGAAUGUGGUGGUGGUGGUGAUACAAUACAGACUGGGCAUUAUGGGAUUUUUCAGCACUGGAGAUGACCAUUCACCUGGUAACUGGGGCUUACUUGAUCAAUUGGCUUCACUACAGUGGAUUCAAGAAAAUAUUAAUAAUUUUGGAGGUGACCCAAACUCUGUCACUAUUUUUGGAGAGUCAGCUGGAGGAUGCAGUGUUUCAGCUCUGAUUUUUUCUCCCUUGUCCAGGGGUUUAUUCCACAAGGCAAUAUCUGAAAGUGGAGUCCUGUUCUUCCCUGGAGUUCUUACAAAAGACGUCAAACAAAACAAUAAGGUGCUUGCUAAUGUCACGGCAUGUGAUGACACGGACUCUGCAUUGUUUGUUGCUUGCAUGAGGCAAAAGACAGGAAAUGCCAUUAACGAACUGUCAACAUUGCAUUUUCACCACACUUUAAUCACAAUUGAUGGGACUGUUUUGCCAAGACCAAUUGAAGAGCUUAUAAAAGAAAAACAGUUUCAACAAAUUCCCUAUCUGUUAGGUGUCACCAAUAAUGAAUUUGGCUGGCUCCUUGCAAACUUUGCAUUUCCACCUGGAUGGCAUGAAGGGAUUGAUCGAGAAACAGUCACGAACAUUCUAAGCUCAAUACCCCAGGUGGGAGAUCAAAAGAAAAAUAUUUUUAUUGCUGAUGAGUACUUUGGAGAUACAGAGGAUCCUGAGACCAUCAGAGAUGGACUCACUGAAAUGUUUGGUGAUGUAGUGAUUGUUAAACCAACUCUAUUCGCAGCCAGUUUACACAGAGAUGCUGGUUUGCCAGUGUACUUGUACGAAUUUAGCCAUCGUCCAAGUGUGUAUGGGGAUUCAAGACCAAACUUUGUGAAAGCAGAUCAUGCUGAUGAAAUUGGAUUUGUGUUUGGAGGCUGCUUUUGGGAUGGUCACCUGAAAUUCAAUGGAUCAUUAAUGGAGGAAGAAAACCAGCUUUGUAGGACUGUGAUGUCGUACUGGGCCAAUUUUGCUCGGAAUGGGGAUCCAAAUGGAGCAGGAUUGCUCCAAUGGCCAGUAUAUGACACCAGUGAAAAGUACAUGGUUCUGAACUUAAAGCAAAGCAUUGGAAGAAAGCUAAAGGAAACACGAAUGGAGUUUCUGACAAAAACUUUGCCUGAAAAGUUGGAAAAGCUAAAACUUCCAAAUGAAGGCCAUGGUGAACUGUAGAUGUUCUGCUCUUCCAGACUACAUUUUUGGAUAUUUUUUCAAUAAAUACUACUGUAUUACACAAA